AUGCAACAACGAUCGACGUGGCGGGGGGUGAGUUUCGCGCUGGUCACGCUGGCGACGCUGGCCGCGGCGCAUGGGGAUCAUGCGCACAAGCCGACACCGCAGGAAGCCAAAGAGCCGAUUGACUUUUGGCUGUGGCUGCAUAUCGCGAUGGAAGCGAGUGCGUGGGCUGUGUUGUUCCCGUUGGCGAUGGUGUUUGGCCUGGUUCGUCACCGCUGGCACGUACCGCUCUCGACGGCCUCCGUGGUGCUGUCGUUGUGCGGCUUCUUCUUUGGGCAGCACCACGGCGGCCGUCAAUUUAGUCAUAGCGUGCAUGGCACGUUUGCAUCAAUGCUCUUUGUCUUUUUGUUGGUGCAGGCGUUCUGCGGGAUCUACUUGAAACUGCAUUUGACAUGGAAGCGCGAGAAGCAGGUCCGACCUGUGAUCCUAGGUGUGCAUGGCGUACUGGGCCGCGCCUUCCCAGUGAUUGGAUGGACUCAGAUGGUGUUUGGCAUCGCGACGAUGCAGGGGUGGUGUCGCGGUGGUCAUAUCAACCAGUGCUUAGCGCACUACAUUAUGGGCUCGGCGUUCACGGCGUACGCGGUGAUUAUGCUGAUCAUGACCAAGUGUGCUGUAGAAUGGCUCAAGCGGCGUGGGUUUGCGCAGGAGUACUUGGACUCAUGGGUCAUUCUGAUCUGGGGGAUCGUGAAUACCUUUACAGAGCACCAAGGUGGGCCAUGGACACACAAAGAUUUGCAGCAUACGUUGAUGGGCGUGCUAUGGUGGACUGGCGGCGCAGUGGGUGUGUGGAUCAGCCGCCGCGGCGCCCGCUCAAUCUUCCCUGCGGCGAUCAUCUUCCUUACAGGAUGGGCGAUGAGUGGGCAUGCGCAGGCGUUGGAGAUCUCCACGCGCGUUCAUGCGACGUUUGGGUACACCCUGAUGGCUGGCGGGAUUUGCCGCAUUAUUGAGAUUUGCUUUGUGCUGCACGAUCAGCCGACCGGCGUACGUGAAGAUCGCGCGCCGGAACGAGGCGCUUGGUUCCCGAUGCAUGUGUUCCAGUAUUUACCGCCUUUCUUGUUGGUAUGCGGUGGCAUUAUGUUUAUGAGCGCCACCGACGAGGAAAUGCGCUGGGCCGAUAGCAAAGGCGUGGACUAUGUGACAUGGUCGAUGAUCGACUUGUCGGUGGCCUUUGCGCUGUUCUUCUGGUUCAAUGUCCUCAUCGAUGCAUACAUGGCAUACGGAGGUCGGUACGGGCUGGUCAACGCGCCUCAAACCAGUGAAGAGACGCCCAUGUCAGCGUACUGGCCCGGGAAUCCGCUGCAAAUGCUGCGGUCCGCUACAGCCUCGCACAUACCUGUGCCGAGCGAGCCCGCCUACGUGCCAGAGACGGUGCCUAUGAAAUCCUAUCAUGACGACCAGGUUCACGUCCUCGAAGAAGACGAUCCAUUCGAGGCGGAGAACGAUCAUGACGAUGUAGCGUAA